GACCCUGCCGACAGUGCGCGAUCACGCACAUCUGCGUCCUUGCCUGCGCGCUCACCGAAGGAACGCGCAUCCUCCAACAGCGCUGAUUCGAGUGUGUGUGUGUGUGUGUGAGAGAGAGUGAGAGAGAGACCGUGCUGGUCGCUGCCGCUGCUCUUGGGCCCCGCUACAGCAGAGGGGAAGGCGGAUAAUAACAUGAGCUCCCGGAAAGUUAUGGCCAUCCAGGCCAGGAAGAGACGGCCGAAAGUAAAGAAAGACAAAGCAGCCCAUCAGCGAAGGCCUGAGACGCAGCAGAAAGCCCCGUUGGCGACGCCCCCUCCUCCCCCACCCCCGCCCCCCGCCCCUGAGCCCACACCCCCGGCCGAGCGAGAGGAGGAGAUCCUGGGGUCCGACGAUGAGGAACAGGAGGACCCCGCCGAUUACUGCAAAGGAGGAUACCACCCGGUGAAGAUCGGGGACCUGUUCAACGGGAGAUACCAUGUGAUCCGAAAGCUGGGGUGGGGCCAUUUCUCCACCGUUUGGUUGUGCUGGGACAUCCAGGGGAAGCGCUUUGUGGCGAUGAAGGUGGUGAAGAGCGCACAGCACUACACUGAGACAGCGCUGGACGAGAUAAAACUGCUGCGAUGUGUUCGGGAGAGUGACCCCGCUGACCCCAAUAAGGACAUGGUGGUCCAGCUGAUAGACGACUUCAAGAUCUCUGGGGUUAACGGCAUCCAUGUGUGCAUGGUCUUUGAAGUCCUGGGGCACCAUCUACUCAAAUGGAUCAUCAAGUCCAACUACCAGGGCCUGCCUCUUCCAUGCGUGAAGAGCAUCAUUCGACAGGUUCUGCAGGGGCUGGACUACCUGCACAGCAAGUGCAAGAUCAUCCACACGGACAUCAAGCCGGAGAACAUCCUCAUGUGCGUGGACGACGCCUUCGUGCGCCGGAUGGCCGUGGAGGCCACCGAGUGGCAGAAAGCUGGGGCCCCGCCUCCGUCCGGAUCCGCAGUCAGCACAGCACCUCAGCUCAAGCCGGUGGGGAAGAUCUCCAAAAACAAGAAGAAGAAACUGAGGAAGAAGCAGAAGCGGCAGGCGGAGCUCCUGGAGAGGCGGAUGCAGGAGAUCGAGGCCCUGGAGCGAGAGGCGGAGCAACAGAGCCCCACCCACAGCUCCCCGCCCUGCCCGGGCGUGGCCCAGGCCGAGAGCGACGACGACAACGAGGAGGACGAGGAGGACGAGGAAGAGUACGAGGACGAGGAGGGAGAGGGGGAGCACGGGGACGGGGAGACAGACAGGCGUCCGGCGAGACUCACGAACCACACGUGUGCAGACACACAGCAGCAGGAUGUACAGGUGUCCUCCUCUACAGAAACCCCACAGCAGGAUGGGAACCCAAAAACAGAGACAGAGGCCUCCACCCCAGCAGGGGAUGGGGGUGGGGCGGAGGGAGAGCAGGUGGGCCAGGAGGCGAAAGAGGAAGGGGUGGAGCAGGAGGAAGACACUGAGGAGGACGAGGAGGAGGAGGAGGAGGAGGAUGAUGAUGAUGACGACGACGAUGAUGAUGAUGAAGACCAGGAACCCACAGUGGUGAAGGAGGAGACAAAAGAGCCAAAGCAGGAGGUGUUAAAAGAGGAGGAGACAAAAACAGAGGAGAGAGAGGAGAAAAGGAACGGCAGAGGUGAGGAUGGUGAGAAGGAGCAGAAUGGUGAGGAAGGGGGUGAACAGCUGGUGAACUCUUCCACCCCGAGCCGCAAGGACAGCUCUAAAACGAACGGGCACGUGGUGCAGGGGGCGGAGGAGAGGGGCCUGAGAGGGACCAUGCUCUGCCCCCUGGUGGAGUCGGAGAUCAGCACCACGGACAGAGACGGCUCCGUCAGCUCCUCCUGCGAGCUCUUCAACGGCGAGACGCCCGUCCUGACCAAUGGGGGGCGCCACCGGGGCACCUCUCCACGGUACCCGGAGCUGCCCCUCGACCCCUCGCCCGGCAACCCCUGCGCCCCCGUCCCCAGGGUCCCGCCCGCGUACAGCCCCGCCUCCGACCGCAGCCGCACCGUGUCCUCCUCCAGCACGGGGGACACGCCCAAAGGAAAGGCUCGAGCAGCAGACCUGCUGGUGAACCCCCUGGACCCCCGCAACGCCGACACCCUGAGAGUGAAGAUCGCCGAUCUGGGCAAUGCAUGCUGGGUGCACAAGCAUUUCACGGAGGAUAUCCAGACUCGACAAUACCGCUCCAUCGAGGUCCUGAUAGGGGCGGGUUACAGCACGCCAGCUGACAUCUGGAGCACUGCCUGCAUGGCGUUUGAGUUGGCCACAGGGGACUACCUCUUCGAGCCCCACUCUGGAGAAGACUACUCCCGGGAUGAAGACCACAUCGCUAUGAUCAUCGAGCUGCUGGGGAAGGUGCCGCGCAAAGUGGCCGCCGCUGGGAGGUACAGCCGCGAGUUCUUCACCAAGACAGGCGAACUGCGGCACAUCACCAAGCUGAAGCCCUGGUCUCUGUUCGACGUGCUGGUGGAGAAGUACGGCUGGGUGCACGAGGACGCGGGACACUUCACCCACUUCCUUCAGCCCAUGCUGGAAAUGGUGCCGGAGAAGAGGGCCUCGGCCGCUGACUGCCUCCUCCACCCCUGGCUCAGCUCAUAGCGCCACCGCCCCCUGGUGGUGGCCUCCGGAAACAGCUGCGCCUCACAAGGACUGGGGUGUGGGGGGGGGGGGGGGGGGUUGGGGGUGGGAGGGGUUGUUUUAAUGGCGGGGAGGUUUGAGAGUAGAGGGGAAGGGAACUGGACCCCACUCAUACACACGCACAUGCAUGUGCACACGCACACACGCACACACACACGCACACACACGGAGGCAGGUCCCAGGUCCCCACAUGGGACGAGUGAAGCUGUGUGUCCCAGGCGGAGACAGCCUUAAGACAGCCACACCCCCUCCCGUUCCCCCUCCCUCUGCAUGUCAUGGGGGUGGGUCCAAAAGUGUUGCUAUGGCUACAAGCCCUUUGGAAUGAGGAGGGAGGGAGGGAGGGAGGGGGGGAGAGAGUGGAAAUCUUUUUUUUUUUUUUUGGUCUUCCUCAAAUGGGACCAUGCAGAGUUCUCAAACGCAAACCCACAGACCAGGCCCACUCCCAUCCCCACCCUGCCCCCAGUUACCCACCCUCUGAUCAGGACUCUGGGGACUAGAGACGCAUGCUCUGGGGUGGAGGGAAAGAGGUAGCUUGUGUAUUAGCCUAGCAUGGUCGGAUUUGGCGGGGAUGGGGUUGGUUGGGUUUUGGGAAGCAGGAUACGCUGCAUGCCAGGUGAUCACCGUUUGCUGCGAUGGCGGGUCGUCUUCCGCAAAGUUUCAGCCAGGGAAGAAUCACAGAUGUACAAUCUGCACUUUGACCUCCCGUCCAGCAGAGGGUGCACCAUGCUCAGAGGACAUAGUGGGCCGCCGGCUAAAGUUCUCUCCGGAGUUCCCUGAACCGUCAAACUGGAUUUGAAGUUUGGAUCUGUAGCUCCUGAUCUCUGUCCGACCCCCCACCCCCCUUUUGAGGGUAAAAUCCCAUACUUUUGACACAAUUUUUCACUAAUUUUUCCGAAAACACAGUGCCGUUCCCCUCCCCUCUCUCACCUCCCUGUACCACCCUCCACAGAACUCUGUAACCCCAUACUGAGGGCCCCAAAAGUGCUGCUGAACUUUUCAAACACCCGCUCCCCUCCCUCCCUCACACUCAGCUGCAUGCCUCAAUCCAGGGGAGAGGAAGAUGCCCUCCUACACACCAGGGGGCACCAGAGAAGAAUGGAAAGAUGACUGCUUUUUCUCUGAAGAGUUUUAUGUUGUAAAAUAGUAAAAGGCAGCCAUGGAGACGGCUGGCAGGCUGACAAUUGGAAUGCGCGAUGGACAGGUGUUCCAUUUGUUUUUUUCCAGUUUGUUUUGUUAGGUUUGUUAAUUUUGUUUGUUUUCUCUGAUUUUCUUUUUCAUAAUGGGAAGCAGAAACGAUGCCAUUGAUUUGAAAACAUUUAAACCCCCUGAUCAAUGCGCCCUUACCUGCAUCCCAACUGUUUGCCGCUACAAUUGACCCAGUUCACAUACUAAAUCGAUACGCCCUCCCUGCCUCUCCUAACGCAGCAUGUUUUCAGAUCUAACCAGUCCGCUCCUCUCCCUGCCUAUAAUCCCCAUGCUCCUUAUCGAAUUUUCCCAAAAGCGAUUUUUUGAAAUGGAGGUGGUUGCACUUGACUUUGUACAUUUGUUCAGGGAUAAAACUUUGUACAUAAUACUGUGACGCAGAACUGACUGGGGGACGGACCGAUUUGUUGUGGUCGCUCAGAGGAAGAAAGGCCCCGCAUUUUGUCAUCGAGAUCUCAUUGGACGCCCGGUGGCGUGAAGAGCUGGCGCUACAUCCCUCCGGCGCCACCCCGUGGCUGGCAACAGUACUGCACAUGCCUGCAGUUCGCCCUGUGCCAAUUUCUCUCCCAUUCCGCCUCUCGCAUUUACCAUUUGUCCAGUUGCCUAUUUUUGCAAUAAAUAAGUAGAAGGUGAAAUAUUUUUAAAAUAAACUUUAAUUAAUUUAAAGAAAAAAGGAAAAAAGAAAAGGAAAUUAUUUCUGUGGUGUUGUGACAGUGACAGAAUCUCGUCCGCGUUGAGGUGGUUGUUUGUCUCUUAGAGAUGUUAUUUUUAUUUAAUUUUUUUGUAAUUAUUAUUAUCAUUAGUCAUGUUUUAGUCGGACCCCCCUUACAUCAACAGUAGUGCUGCUCCUUUCGGACAUACAUUAUGUGUUGGUAAUGAAAUCGAUCACACUAUUUUCUUUCUUUUUCUUUUCUUUCGCAAUAACUAAUUACGAAAAUGAGUUUCUGCACAAAACGCCACCCUCACACGUCCCGUACCGUUCUUUCCUCCAUGCCGACUGUUCUUCCUGACAUCGACAGAAUCGCGUCUCUUAUUGUCUGUUUUUCAUCGACAGAUUUAAUAAAAUUGCUGAUGAAAUCGAA